AUGAAAAAUGCAAUUGCUAUUGUUUUCCCUGAAAGUCGACAUAGAUAUUGUAUGUGGCACAUUAUGGAAAAAUUCCGUGAAAAGUUUGGAUCACAUGCUAAUUUUGAUGGCAUUAAGAGUGCCAUAAAUAAAUGUUUGUAUGACUCUCAAACAUGUGAAGAAUAUGAGGAAAACUGGAAAGAUCUACUGGAGAAGUAUAACCUUCAUGAUAAUGCAUGGUUGAAUGGGUUAUAUAGGGAUAAGACAUUUUGGGUGCCGGCAUACAUGAAAGAUACGUUUUGGGCGGGAAUGAACACUACACAGCGAAGUGAAAGUAUGAACGCAUUUUUUGAUGGUUACGUGCACUCACGAACCACAUUGAAAGAAUUUGUUGAUGAAUAUGAUAAUGCUUUAAGGAGAAUGGUCGAGAGUGAGACACGUGCUGAUUUUGAUUCUUUCAAUCGCACAAUCUCAUGUAUAAGCGCCUUGCAGUUAGAGAAACAGUUUCAAGUUGUCUACACAAAUGCGAAGUUCAAAGAAGUACAUGAGCAGUUUGUGAAAAUGAUGUCCUGUAAUAACUCUCAUCUCAAAAGUGAAGGUGCAAUUUCCACGUUUGAAGUUAUUGAAUAUGUUGCCGUUGGAGACCACUUAAUAGAAAAAACAUUUCUUGUUUACUUCAAUGAAGAUGAAUUGGAAGUGAAGUGCACGUGUGCAUUGUUUGAAGUAAGAGACAUCUUAUGUAAGCAUUCACUUUCCGUGUUACGGACAAAGAAAGUGGCAACUUUGCCACAAAGAUAUGUUCUUGAUAGAUGGAGGAAGGAUAUUAAGCGAGAGUACUCGAAGGUUAAGAGUAGUUAUGAUGUCAUUGGUGAUAAUCCACAUGCCCAAAUAUAUGACAAGGUGAGAAACAAUUUUGAGGAAUUACUGUCGCUCGCAUCAGAAAACACGGAGGAACGUUGCAUGGAACUAAUGAAAAGAAUUGAUCAAAUAAAGGAGUUGUGGCAUUGCGAAAAUCAAGCUUCUGGCAUUCCACCUAUUGUCGCAUCUUCUAGUUGCCAAAAGGUGCUUAGUCCUCAUAAGGUUACUUGUAAAGGGAGGCCACGAACAAAGAGAAAGGUGGCUGUUAUAGAAACAGUGGUAAAGAAAUCCAAUGUAUCAAGCAAGCCACCAAGAGACAACAAUGCUAAAACGAAGAGACGAAAAAAUCAAGCCUCGAAAUCAACGGAAAAUCAAGGCAACACUAGUCAAUCUCCGUUGCCUUCUGUACCUUCUGCAACUCACGAUCAUAGUACUCAGGAUUCCGUCGCUUCGUCAUCGACAAUUGCUCACACCUUCAGUGGUCACCAUCAUUCUAUUCUUUCUCAGGUGAAUUUGUCGAUUGACCCCAUAAAUCUGUUGUCCACAAUGAUAAGCCAACACAAAUACCAAGAGGCUUUCACUACAGCCUUACAAAUGCGUGAUGUGUCAAUUGUGAAUUGGAUUUGCUCCCAGGUCUUGACUAUGGAUCCUCUCCCUUUGAGUCAAGAAGUAUUGCUUCAAUUGUUGUGGUUUUUACCAUAUUGUAUCAAUACCAACCCAGCCGUAAUAAUUGCUUGGAUGACACACGUUUUUAAUUCCAUAAUCCCAACUGAUCCGGCAAUUGAAAUGCAUGUGCGGCCCAUCUUCAAUCAAGUUUAUGCCGCACUCAACCAUAUAAGUGUCCUGCCCACAAUUACUGAUGUUGUGCGGUCAACUAUACGUCUUCUGAUGAAUGGUUUACUUCCACAUUGA